AUGUUCAAGAGCGGUCUUGCCCGGACCUUCGGGAGGGCUGCUUUUGCCCGACCUACCUCCGUCGCCCGUCGCGCUUUCCAGCCUAAGACCAAUGGCCUCCCUUCCCUGGCCCGUAUGGCCAGCACUGAGGCCUCUUCCGUUGGAAAGAUUCACCAGGUCAUUGGUGCCGUCGUCGACGUGAAGUUCGACGGUGACAAGCUCCCUGCCAUUCUCAACGCCAUUGAGACCGAGAACGGUGGCCAGAAGCUCGUCCUUGAGGUUUCUCAACACUUGGGUGAGAAUGUCGUUCGUACCAUUGCCAUGGACGGUACUGAGGGUCUGACCCGUGGUGCUGCCGCCCGUGACACCGGUGCUCCCAUCACCAUCCCCGUCGGUCCCGGCACCCUUGGCCGUAUCCUUAACGUCACUGGUGACCCCAUUGACGAGCGUGGUCCCGUCAAGGCCGACAAGUUCCGUCCCAUUCACACUGAGGCUCCCGAGUUCGUUGAGCAGUCCACUGAGGCCGAGAUUCUCGUCACUGGUAUCAAGGUCGUCGAUCUGCUUGCCCCCUACGCCCGUGGUGGUAAGAUUGGUCUCUUCGGUGGUGCCGGUGUCGGUAAGACCGUCUUCAUUCAGGAGCUGAUUAACAACAUCGCCAAGGCUCACGGUGGUUACUCCGUCUUCUGUGGUGUCGGUGAGCGUACUCGUGAGGGUAACGAUCUGUACCACGAAAUGCAGGAGACUGGUGUCAUCCAGCUCGAGGGUGACUCCAAGGUCGCUCUGGUCUUCGGUCAGAUGAACGAGCCCCCGGGUGCCCGUGCCCGUGUCGCCCUUACCGGUCUGACCAUUGCCGAGUACUUCCGUGACGAGGAGGGUCAGGACGUGCUGCUCUUCAUUGACAACAUUUUCCGUUUCACCCAGGCCGGUUCUGAGGUGUCUGCCCUUCUGGGUCGUAUCCCCUCUGCCGUCGGUUACCAGCCCACUCUGGCCGUCGACAUGGGUGGUAUGCAGGAGCGUAUUACCACCACCACCAAGGGUUCCAUUACCUCCGUCCAGGCCGUCUACGUCCCUGCUGACGAUUUGACUGACCCUGCCCCCGCCACCACCUUCGCUCACUUGGACGCCACCACUGUCUUGUCCCGUGGUAUCUCCGAGUUGGGUAUCUACCCUGCCGUCGACCCUCUCGACUCCAAGUCCCGUAUGCUCGACACCCGUAUCGUCGGUGAGGAGCACUACAACACCGCCACCCGUGUCCAGCAGAUGCUCCAGGAGUACAAGUCCCUCCAGGAUAUCAUUGCCAUUCUGGGUAUGGACGAACUGUCUGAGGCUGACAAGCUCACCGUCGAGCGUGCCCGUAAGCUCCAGCGUUUCCUGUCCCAGCCCUUCACCGUCGCCCAGGUCUUCACUGGUAUCGAGGGUAAGCUGGUCGACCUCAAGGACACCAUCCGCAGUUUCAAGGCCAUCAUCAACGGUGAGGGUGACGACCUUCCUGAGGCUGCUUUCUACAUGGUUGGUGACUUCGAGUCUGCCCGCGCCAAGGGUGAGAAGAUCUUGGCCGAGCUCGAGAACAAGGCCUAA